ACGUCAUAGCCUGGCUGCUGCAGACCGGUGCACGGCACUUCAGUCACACUCUUUCACUUUCUUCCCUCGCUCAUCAUUGGCGAGGAGGUAUUAUUGCUUUAUAUAUUAAAUUAAAAACACCGCACUUGACGAGUAACAAAAGAACCAAAGUAGAAAAUGGCGGAAGCUCACCAAGCAGUGGCCUUCCAGUUUACAGUAACUCCAGAUGGUAUUGACCUGAGGCUUAGUCAUGAAGCUUUGCGGCAAAUUUAUCUCUCCGGUAUUCAUUCUUGGAAAAGAAGGUUCAUUCGAUUUAAGAAUGGGAUUAUUACGGGAGUUUAUCCAGCAAGUCCAUCCAGCUGGCUGUUUGUAGUUGUUGGUGUCAUUUCAACAAUGAAUACGCGAAUGGAUCCUUCCUUAGGACUUAUAGCUAGAAUCACCCAACGCAUUCCAACAUGGGGUUAUUUGACCAAUCAGUCACAAAAGAUGAUCCUCAGUGGAGUAUUGUUUGGAACAGGAUUAUGGGUCACCGUUCUUCUAACAAUGCGUUACACACUAAAGAAGCUUCUGUCAUAUCACGGUUGGAUGUUUGAACAGCAUGGUAAAAUCUCAACAACUUCCAAGAUCUGGAUGGGACUGGUUAAAAUCUUCUCAGGCCCUAAACCUAUGCUCUACAGUUUCCAAACUUCUCUGCCUCAUUUGCCUGUUCCACCAGUAAAAAAGACAGUGAAAAGGUACCUAGAAUCAGUGAGGCCACUCAUGGAUGAUCAGGAAUUUAAAAGAAUGGAAGGUCUUGCAAAAGACUUUGAGAAGAAUCUGGGACCCAAAUUACAGUGGUAUUUAAAACUAAAGUCAUGGUGGGCCACAAACUAUGUAAGUGAUUGGUGGGAAGAAUAUGUUUAUCUCAGAGGUCGUGGUCCUAUUAUGGUGAACAGUAAUUAUUAUGGAAUGGACUUCCUAUAUAUUAUCCCAACUCACAUACAAGCAGCUCGUGCAGGCAAUGCAGUCCAUGCGGUUCUGCUAUACAGAGCAGAGUUGGAUCGCCAGGAUAUCAAACCACUUAUGGUUCAGAAUACUGUUCCCAUGUGUUCUGCCCAGCAUGAGCGUACGUUUAACACUUGCCGCAUCCCUGGUAUUGAAACAGAUACCAUCCAGCAUGUGAAGGACAGCAAACAUAUUGUGGUGUACCAUAUGGGGCGUUACUUCAAAGUGUGGGUGUACCAUGAUGGCAGACUAUUGAAGCCCAGAGAAAUUGAACAACAGAUGCAGAGAAUUCUUGAGGAUAAAUAUGAACCACAGCCUGGAGAGGAAAAACUUGCAGCUCUUACUGCUGGGGACAGAAUACCAUGGGCAAAUGCUCGGAAGUUGUUCUUCAGUAAUGGGAAGAAUAAAUUGGCACUAGAUACGGUUGAGAAGGCUGCAUUCUUCCUCACUUUGGAUGACACUGAACAGUACUCUAAGAAGGACGGUUCUUUGAUAUCUGUAGACAGUUACGCUAAAUCUUUGUUGCAUGGAAAAUGUUAUGACAGGUGGUUUGACAAAUCUUUGACCUUCGUUGUUUUCAAGAACGGCAAAAUGGGCUUAAAUGCAGAGCAUUCUUGGGCAGAUGCCCCAGUCGUUGCACAUUUGUGGGAGUAUGUGAUGGCCACCGAUUACCAUCAGCUUGGAUAUGUUGAAGAUGGACACUGCAAAGGAGAAAUCAAUCCCAACCUCCCUGCUCCACAAAGACUGUCAUGGGACAUCUCAGAAGAGUGUCAAGAAACAAUUGAACGUUCUUUAUCUGUUGCUAAAGCUUUAGCAGAUGAUGUUGAUUUUCAUUCCUUUUUGUUCGACACGUUCGGCAAAGGCAUUAUAAAGAAAUGUAAAACAAGUCCAGAUGCAUUUGUACAGCUUGCUUUGCAACUUGCUCAUUAUCGGGAUAAAGGUAAAUUUUGUUUGACAUAUGAAGCCUCAAUGACACGUCUCUUCAGAGAAGGAAGAACUGAGACAGUACGAUCUUGUACCAUGGAAUCAUGCAAUUUUGUGUUGGCUAUGAUGAACCCAGACAAGACGCAUGAUGAGAAGCUGAAACUGUUUAGAUUGGCAUCUGAAAAGCAUCAAAACAUGUAUCGACAUGCCAUGGUUGGAGAAGGAAUUGACAGGCACCUGUUUUGUCUUUAUGUUGUUUCCAAGUACCUUGGAGUAGAUUCUCCAUUUCUGAAAGAAGUUCUCUCGGAGCCCUGGAGACUGUCGACUAGUCAGACUGCUCAGCAACAGCCUGAGCUCUUUGACCUUGUCAAUCGCCCUGAUACAAUUUCAAGUGGUGGUGGCUUCGGACCAGUUGCAGAUGAUGGCUAUGGAGUGUCAUAUAUUAUUGUGGGGGAAAAUGUUAUCCACUUCCAUGUGUCUAGUAAACUGUCUUGUCCUGAAACAGAUUCUCAUGCAUUUGGAAAACACAUCAGAGAAGCAAUGGUUGAUAUCCUUGCUUUGUUCAACAUCCAUGUAAAUUCUUCAAAAUGAUUCUGAAAACAGAAAAAAAAAGAAGACAGAUAUAUAGGGUCUUAUGUAGACUGAGGCAGCUCUAUUUACUUUGCGUAAUAUUUCAUUUGCUUGAAGAGAUUUAACUUUAAUUUAAUCUGAAUAUGUAGAAUAUGGUAAUGUACAUUUAUACUGAAUGUUCAUUGCAUUUGUAUGACUUGUCAGAUUGACAAUGAACCAUCUGCAACUCUAGGAUAUAUUUAAAGUACAAAACAAAGCUUUUGUCAGCCACUUAGAAAUUUUAUAUUAACUUUAUUUGAGACACUUAGCAUUAUGUUGAAUAUUUUAAUGUGUAUAUAGUUUCACCACUCAGGUUUUACUUGUUCAGAUAUUACCAGACAUAGGGCAACUGUCAAUACAGUUUAAAGAAUCAGGUAAUAGUGGACUGAACAUAAUUGGUUCUGAUCCUAAUUCACAUUUUAUUAACAUAUAUUAGGGGCUUAGUCUUUUGGUACAGUUUAUAAUUUUUUGUGGGACCAGUUUUUCAUGGAGUUCACGUUUAGUUCUGUUGAUUAUAUUUUUACCAAGUAGGGUAUACUGAUGUACAGUUAGUAGGAAAUCACCAAUUCACAUGGUGAAUGCAGCUGUUUUAUAGGGACAGAACAAAAAAGACAAAAUCAUUUAAUGCAGAUAAAUAACACAGCACUAGGUUGUAAUGCCUGCAUUUUCUGCUUUAAAUGAAGUACUUGAGGAGCAGUUAGAUUUACGUGGGAGAGACAUGUCAGCUUAAUGUGUAUGUUACUGAAAGCAGAUUGCACUGUUUCUGAAUGAUGGCUGUCAUGCGAUUGUUAGAAAUAUUAAGAUGUGCAUUGCACGUGAAACAAUGCAGUUGUACAUUUGUGUAUGUAUGUAUGUUAGUAAUAUUUGUUGUCUUCAAGAAAUAAUAGCAAUUAAAAAAACUGGAAACUCAUUGUACAUAAAACUGAUUGCAAAAAAACACUUAAUACACAUUGAAGCAUUUAAUACAGUUCCAAGAAUCUCAAACCAUUGAAACAAACUAAUAAAAAGAGUACAGAACGUGGUGCUUGUCACUUGUACCGCUGUUUACUUAAUAAAAGAUGAGCACUUUUGUCUUACACAAUAAAAUACUUCAUCAGAUAAAAAGCCAUACAGACUACUGCUGUUAUAAAGGAUCCCAAGCAAGUUACAUGACUACCAAGCCUCCAUUCAACCAUUAAAGAUUUAAAGGUCCAUGCCAGCAUAUAUCCUGUAAUAAAAACUACAUUAAUAACACUAAUCAGUCAAAUCCAACUGUGAACAAUAAACAGAUGCUUUUUUCACAAAAAGUAAAAGUAAGUCCAUUUAAGAUACAUAACAAACAUUUCCAAUAGGAACUAAUCUACCCUAUGUAAGAUUUUAAUUUUAAAAGGCAAGUGAUGGAAUAAACCUUAUUCAACCCAGACAGGCUUUCUGAACUUAAGUGAAACUGCCAUAAUAACUUUUUUUCUCCAAGUUUAAGGCCCAAGUACUCCUCUUGGGUUCAGUAUAACCUUAAUAAGGAUUGUAAACUUGAACACAUGCCCUGGACUUUCCCUUAUAUACUUGAAUAAUGCAUUAGUUAACUUGUUCUUCUUAAUCUCAUAAAUAUGUUCUUAUAUUCUUUCUUUUAAUUUUCACUCUGUUUUUCCAAUACAGGACAUGUUUGGCAUAAAGCCACAUAAACUAUACCCAUGGUGUUGCAAUUGUAUCCUCCUUUUACCUUAAAUUUCUGAUUCUUACUCCAAAACGUCUCCCCCUGUUUUUAUGUACUUAUAAUAAUUGCAGUGACCACACUUAUUCAUUGUAGGGUGUCUAACCUCACUAUCAUUUCUCAUAGGUUCAAGAAAUAUUUUUAAAGUUUGUCCUUUUCUUGUAAACUGUUAAUGGUUCAUCUCCGACCCUUUCCUUAACUAGACUUUGUCCACUAAAAUCCAGUUCUUACGUAAUACCCAGUUAAUUAGUUCACUCUCCAUCAAAAAGGCAGUAAUAAAUGAACACUUAUAGUCUUCCUUUUUACCAUCCUUCUUGCACUUAUUUAGUAGGGUGUCUCUCUCAUUAGUUUCUGAACAAUUAAACAGAAUAGGGGCAAAAUAAUAUUUAUUCCUUUUAUUUAUAAUCUCAUACAUCAAGUUAUCAGUAAAAAUAUCAGGAUAACCUCUGUUGCUGAACACAACAGCUUACAAAUCCAUGUUGCAAAUCUUCUGGCUAUAUUUGCUUCUGAUAGUGCUUCCAUAUAUUUUUACAACUUUCUUGUUGGAUUACCAUGUGUUAAAUUUUUCUGUUUUUGGACAGGUACCCAGAUUUCACCCAGCAGUGGCUGAAAGAAACAGAGAGAGCAUGUUUUGUCUGUCAAUUGCCAAUUUAACAUGAUAUUCCAAAAUCAGAGGUUCAAAAUCACUUUGCUAUAAGAACCGAAUAAGCUAGAGUACAUCAAUAUAAACAAAUUAUAAGUGCCCUGUGUCUUAGUGUAAAAGCUUGUCCCAGUUAGACUGCUGCUUAUAACAUACAAGAACAGUUAGCAGGAGUUUUUGGGAAAAAAAAUUCUAGCAUUAUUAAUGAAUAAUGCAAGUCUGUCAGAGACCAAUGUAAUUAGUAACGAAUUAAAAAAUGAGGAUAUGUAUCAUGAAUAUGUUUCAAUUCCUGAAUUAGUUAAUAGUUUGCCAUGCCAUGUGUUAUGCUCCAGCUGCAUAAAAACAUUUGAUCUGAUGUUGUUAAUCUUCGUUCAUUCCUUACU